AUGAAUUAUUUACUGAGAGAACCAAAACAACACACAAACAACACACACGGGUCGGCCGAAGAGACGCGGGGAAACGUCGGUGGGAUCGGUGGUAAAGCUCUGUGUGGUGACGACCAGGACUAUCACACACACAGGCUGAACAUAUUAACCGUUCACUACACACAGUGUUUAACUCCUGAUGUAAGUGUAACGUGGUGGUAA